AUGCGUGGGCUUAUCAGCUUCUCGCUCUUGCCGCUGCUGGCGUCAUCGGCACCCACCUCUUCCUUCAGCACAGAGACUAUCCACGAGGGCGUCGCUCCUCUCAUCUCGUCCUCCAACUCAGUCGAAGUCCCCGAUUCCUACAUCGUCGUCUUCAAGAAGCAUGUCACCGAGGCUGCUGCCUCGGACCACCACAGCUGGGUGAAGAGCACCCACGCCGCCAGCGAGAGCACACGAACAGAGCUUCGAAAGCGCUCGCAAUUUCCCAUCACAACUGAUAUCUUCGAGGGUCUCAAGCACACAUACAACAUCGCUGGGAACUUCUUGGGGUACUCGGGACACUUCGACGACGAGGUAGUUGAGCAGGUCCGAAGACAUCCUGAUGUCGAGUACGUCGAGAAAGAUUCCGUUGUCCAUACUCUGGGGGAGACUGAGGGAGAGCUCGAGAAGAAUGCCCCAUGGGGUCUUGCCCGUAUCUCUCACCGAAAGAGCUUGGGAUUCAGUGACUUCAACAAGUACCUGUAUGCCGCUGAUGCGGGUGAGGGUGUUGAUGUUUAUGUCAUUGAUACCGGAACCAACACCGAGCACGUUGACUUUGAGGGCCGAGCCCACUGGGGUAAGACUAUCCCUGCCAACGAUGCCGAUGAGGAUGGAAACGGACACGGAACUCACUGCUCUGGUACCGUUGCCGGCAACAAGUAUGGUGUUGCCAAGAAGGCCAAUGUUUACGCCGUCAAGGUUCUCAGAUCCAACGGAUCUGGAACCAUGGCCGAUGUCGUAAAGGGUGUUGAGUGGGCUGCCAAUGCUCACACUGAGAAGGUCAAGAAGGGAAAGAAGGGUUUCAAGGGAUCUGCUGCCAACAUGUCUCUCGGUGGUGGCAAAUCUCCCGCCCUUGACCGCGCUGUUAACGGAGCUGUUGAAGCAGGUAUCCACUUCGCUGUCGCCGCCGGAAACGACAACGCCGACUCUUGCAACUACUCUCCAGCAGCUGCUGAGCAAGCCAUCACUGUUGGUGCCUCUGCUCUUGAUGACUCCCGCGCAUACUUCUCCAAUUACGGAAAGUGCAACGACAUCUUUGCCCCAGGUCUCAGCAUCCUGUCCACCUGGAUUGGCAGCAAGUAUGCCACCAACACCAUCUCUGGUACUUCCAUGGCUUCCCCACAUAUCGCUGGCCUCUUGGCCUACUACUUGUCUCUUCAACCUGCUUCUGACUCUGAGUACGCUGUUGCUGAGAUUACCCCCAAGAAGUUGAAGGAGAGCAUCAUCAGCAUUGCGACCGAAGGUGCUUUGUCCGAUGUUCCAUCUGACACCAAGAACGUCCUCGCAUGGAAUGGUGGUGGAUCUUCUAACUACACCUCCAUCAUCAAGGCUGGCGGCUACUCCGUAAAGAACACCAAGUCUGUCAAGCUCCCAACCACCGUUGAGCUCUUGGAGGAGGCCAUUGAGAACGACUUCAAUGUCAUCUCUGGUGAGGUCGUCAAGGACACCAAGGCAGCUCUCUCCAAGACCGAGAAGAUCUCCAAGAAGAUCCAGAAGAUGAUUGAUGCUGAGCUUCAUGAGUUUUUGGAGGAGUUGAGCUCUUAA